AUGGACGCGGCACUGAGGACCAGCAGCAUGCUGGCCAUGGCUACUGCUGCACUCUGCCUGGUGUUUCUGACUGGACUUGCGCAGGCAGAAAUGUGUGACCUGAGCGGCUCGGUUGGGGAGGCGCUGUCGGUUCCAUCUCUGUGUGACACCAAGAGUCACAUCCUGAUUUGGACCCACAACAGCAGCAUCAUCUUCUACAGGGAGCGAGGUCGAGUGUCCCUGGGGAAAGAUGAAGACGUAUCUGCUGACGGGUGUCUGCAGCUGAAGAGCCUCCGCUUCUCCAGCGCUGGAGUCUACCAGGCUCAGGUCCAACUUCCAAACAAGACUGUGGUCAAGUCCUGGUCAGGACAUCUGUGUGUGACAGAGAAGACGAAGAGGAUACCGAAGCCUCAGCUGGUGUACAAGUGCGACUUCCCGACCAACAGCGCUCUGCUUGACUGCUCCGUGCCUCUGCCUCAGGGUUUGACCUUCUCCUGGAUGCAGGACAGAAAAGCUCUGAGCAACGAGAAGGGAAAAACUCUCAAUGUGUCUCUGAGCCGGCUAACAGCAGGGGGCAUCUUCUCCUGCAGCGUGUCGAACAAAAUGGGCGAGGAGAAGGCCGAGGCCACCCGAGUGCUCUGCGUCCCGCCACGACCGCCGCCGGCACCGCUCUGCUUUGCACCCAGAAGUGUUGUAGCGGUGUCGGCUGGAGCGGCAGCGACCAUUCUGCUGCUGCUGAUCACUGUCAUGGCACUGGCCUGUAGCCUGAGGCAAACCAGAAGACAGCUGCGGGACAAAGGCCGGGUCAGGAUGGGAUCACUUCAGAGGCUGGAAGCAGAACCAGUGGAUCUGGAGUACGAGACCAUGCACCAUCCAGAGGAGCCUUCCACCCAGAGACUCCACCCACAAGUCGUCUACCUGAACGUGUCGGACAACCCUUCAGGUCAGGCUGACGACACGCCCCACUGCCCAGCAGGGGCGCCAUCACCGGUGCCCAAACCAAGAACGAAAGGCCAGCUGAAGCAGAGCCAGUGAUGCUCCGAAGAGGUCGCACCUAAGUAGCUCCACAGAGGUCUGGAAUCUGAACGAAUAUCCUCACAAAUACAUGACUGGAUGUUAGUAAUGCAAGUAACAAGGUGUUUAUCCAACUAACAA